AUGAAAUUCAGCAGCUCGUGGUCAGAAGUCUUGAAAAGACGAUGGUUGACACACACGUUCUCAUGGCAAGGCAUUACGCACCGUGAAGAGCUGCGUGGGCACAAGCUGGUGCCGCUAUGGCCAGCAGGAUUCUGUCACCAUGGCUGUGACUUUGGAGAAUCGCUACAAAGGUCUUCGCGCGCCUCACAAGAUCAAGAUGGCUGCUUCCGGAUGCUUGCGUGAGUGUGCAGAGGCUCAGGGAAAAGACGUGGGCGUCAUCGCCACGCAGGCUGGCUACAAUCUCUAUGUGUGUGGCAAUGGUGGGGCCAAGCCAGUGCACGCUAAGCUUUUGGCCACAGACUGCUCAGUCGAGGAGUGCCUGAAAUAUGUCGAUCGAUUCUUGAUGUACUACAUUUCUACAGCCAAGCACCUGCAGCGCACAGCACCUUGGCUGGCUGAACUUGAAGGUGGCAUUGAUUACUUGAAGAAGGUUGUCAUCGAGGAUUCUCUGGGCAUAGCUGCUGAUUUGGAGCAAAUGAUGGAACGCAACCGAGCCAACGAAAAAUGUGAAUGGAAGGCAGUGGCAUAUGAUGAGGAGUUGCGCCAGAAAUUCCAACAUUUUGCGAACACCAAAGAGAUUCAUGACUCAGAACAGAUUGAAUACAUUGACAUGCGAGGCCAGCGCCAUCCCAACCUUUACAGUCCACCAGACAUCACUGGCCCAGCACUAUACAGAAAAGAGGACAGCCACUCGAGUGACUGGGAGUGGAUCUUUGCAGGACUGGUCAGCGCCUACCCCAAAAAUGGUGGGCUCAGUGUGAAGCAUGGCAUGCAGGAACUGGCAGUGUUCCACCUUCCAAGCGCAGAACCAAAGGAACAGUGGUUGGCGACGCAGAAUCUAUGCCCCCACAAGCAGGCUCGGACUAUUUCGCGCGGCCUUGUGGGAGUGCAGCCCAACGGGACAUUGACCGUGGCAGACCCCAUCUACAAGACCACCUAUAACCUUGUGACCGGUGAGGGCAUUAGCAACCCGAACUUCAACCUUUCAACUUUCAAGACGAAGGUGGAGGAUGGCAAGGUUUUUGUGCAGGUUCCUCCCUGCAGUGAGAUGGAAGAGAAAAUGGAGAAGAUGAUCCAAGAGUCCUUCAAAGCUGACGGGAGAGAAUACUUGGCAAAGAAGACAGGUGGACCUGUGGACCACAUGGGUCAAUGCUUGUCAAAGCAAAAGGACUUGUCAUGGUGAUUCAUUCCUUGCCAUGCGCUGAUUCAUGUGAUGACUUGAUGUUUUGUAUUUUGAUGCCUUGCAUUCAUGGUGCAAAAAGCGCCCAGAUUAGCUGGAGGUUAGUCUGGUGAGGCUUGCUUGCUCUUAUCACUAGGCAGAAUGAACAUAUCAACACCUUGGAGGACGGGUAUAGAAAUGUAGGACGCGCCAACCAGUACGUUUCAUGUCACCGGGUCAACAGGAGAACUUUUUAGCUCUUGUAUUCUCGAGAUUUGGUUUGUUUUGAAGGAUUGCCUUGUCAAUGUCAAGCAAGCAGCAAGAUGUUUUCCACAACUCCACAACUAAUUGUGGGAGCUGUUUCGUUGCUGCUGUUGCCAAGAGAUGGCACCGAUGAGAGAAUUUUCGCGGAUGAGCCUUGCAUGGAGUGCAGGACCGCGAAAUCAUUCGAAGUCAACAGUGCUUCGAACCAAUAGGUACUCACAGGAAUGCAAAAAAA